AUCAGGUGAGCCAAGAUGGGUGCAUACAAAUACAUCCAGGAGCUAUGGAGGAAGAAGCAGUCGGAUGUGAUGCGCUUUCUCCUGAGGGUCCGCUGCUGGCAGUACCGCCAGCUCUCGGCGCUGCACAGGGCUCCCCGCCCCACCCGGCCUGACAAAGCGCGAAGGCUGGGAUACAAGGCCAAGCAAGGUUAUGUCAUAUACAGGAUUCGUGUCCGCCGUGGUGGCCGCAAACGCCCAGUUCCUAAGGGUGCAACUUAUGGCAAGCCUGUCCAUCAUGGUGUUAACCAGCUAAAGUUUGCCCGAAGCCUUCAGUCUGUUGCUGAGGAGAGAGCUGGACGCCAUUGUGGGGCUCUGAGAGUCCUGAAUUCUUACUGGGUUGGCGAAGAUUCCACAUACAAAUUUUUUGAGGUUAUCCUCAUUGAUCCAUUCCAUAAAGCUAUCAGAAGAAACCCUGACACCCAAUGGAUCACCAAACCAGUCCACAAGCACAGAGAGAUGCGUGGGCUGACAUCUGCUGGCCGCAAGAGCCGUGGCCUUGGAAAGGGCCACAAGUUCCACCACACUAUUGGUGGCUCUCGCCGUGCAGCCUGGAGAAGGCGCAAUACUCUGCAGCUCCACCGUUACCGCUAAUACACGUAAUGUUUGUAAAAUUCAUACCCAAUAAACAAUUUAGGAACGUCAAAAAAA